AUGUUAAGAUUUGGUAUAGUUAAAGAAUCGAAGAAUAUCUUCACCAACUCAAGAGUGCCGAGUAAUUUAAUAUUUACUUUUUCAUUUCAUAGGAAUCUAUCGAAUUCUACGAUAUCACCAAAUUCAUCAAACUCAUCAAACUCAUCAAGUUCAUCAAAUUCACCAAAUUUAUCAAACACUCAAUUAAUAAAAUCACCAAUAAUAGAUAAGAAUUCAAUAUAUGUAAUAUCAAUCCCCAUUACAACAAAAAGAUCAUUUAUAUAUUGUAAUCAUAGACCAGAUUUAUUAAGUAAAUCACAAGCUUCUAAAAUACCAUUAUAUAUAAAGUUAGAAACUAAGGUGAUAAAUCUUGCAACUAAAGGAUGGAAUAAAUUAAUUAAUUCCAAACUGAAAAUUAAUAUAAAGAUUGUUGAAUUUAUUCAAAAAUUAUUAUCAACUAUUCCAUAUCAAGAAAAUUGUCUUCGAUCAUUUCCAAAUAAAGAAGCAAUGAUUAGAGAAAUUAAUGAAGAAAGUUUACAUUUAAUUAAACCUAUAGAAAAAAAAGAACCUGAAAAUGAUCAUCAAAAGGGUGAAAAAGAUACAAUAAUAUUACAAUCUGAAAUUACAAAUUUAAAAAUUCCAAAUAAUCAAUUAAAACCUAUCCCAUUAUAUCAUGCAAAACAUCAAUUACCUACCACUAUCUUAAAUGAAUUAUAUGAUUUUAGAGUAGAUAAUAAAGAAGAACACAAGAAAAAUGCUUGGUUAUGCGGUAUUGCUAUUCCAUUAUGUUUACCAUUUGCAUUAAUCCCCAUUGUACCUAAUGUUCCAGGUUUUUAUUUUACUUAUAGAUUAUACUGUAAUUACAAGGCACUUUUAGGUAUAAAACAUUUAGAUUAUUUAUUAGAAACUGAUAUACCACAAGAUGAUUAUUAUCCAACCGAUGAAAAAACAGUUGAAAAAACAACUCAUUUAAAAUUUAAUGCCGUGAAAGAAAUAGAUCAAAUUUACGCUUCAUAUAAUACUGAUUUACAAUCUAAUCAAAUCAAUAUUAAUAAUGGUGAUGAUGAAUUGUUAUUGAUAACUCCUGAAAUUAUUAAUGAUUUAGUUGAUACAUUUGAUUUAGAUAUAAAAGAUGAAUUAUCCAAAGCUUUAAUGCAAGAAAGGAAAAGAUUAAAUAGGGAUGUUAAAGUUGAUGAUCAAGUUAAUUAG